GUGUUUGGUGAUGAAGUGAAGUCAGUGAUGGAGGGAGAUUCUGUUACUCUACACAGUAAUGUUACUGAAAUAAAGAGCGACGGUCAGAUACUCUGGAGCUUUGGACCUCAAAAGUCUCUCAUAGCUAAAAUUAAUAGAGAAGCCAAUAUAGUAUCAAUACAUGAUGAUGUCCGAGACAGAGACAGACUGCAGAUAAAUGAUCAGACUGGAGAUCUCACAAUCACAAACAUCACAACUCAACACACUGGACUUUAUCAAAUAAACAUCAUCAGCAAGAAGACAUCAUCACACAGAUUCAAUGUUACUGUCUAUGCUCAUCUGCCCAUUCCUGUCAUCACAACACAAAACUCUUCAUCAUCAGAAACAUCAUCAAGUUCAAACUGUGUCUUUGUGUGUUCAGUGUUGAAUGUGAGAGAUGUGAGUCUGUCCUGGUAUAAAGGAAACAGUUUAUUGUCCAGCAUCAGUGUGUCUGAUCUCAACAACAUCAGCAGCAUCUCUCUUCAUCUGAAGUGUCUGGAUGAUUCUUACAGCUGUGUGGUGAACAAUCCCAUCAUAAAUCAAACUCAACAUCUCAAUACUGAUCUCUGUCAGCCGUGUUCAGUUGAGGACCCUCCAGACCCCGUAUACUGUAUCCUACAGAGGACUUUGAAGGAUCCUACAGGAUUCCUGCGUGUUUCCUACAGGAAUCCUGAUUUCCAGUAG